AUGCCUAGAGUUAAAACGUUUAUGUGGAAAGCUCUAAGUGAAUGUCUGCCAGUUAGAGAAAGUUUAGGUCUUUACACUCCUAUUGAGAUCAAUUGUCCUUUGUGUAGUGGUAAUGCUAGAGAAAAUAUAAAACAUCUGUUUACUGAGUGUGUUUUCUUAGAAGCAGUUUGGAGAGGCCUGUCCUUUUCAAGAGUUUUCUAUGAUGCUGCUAAUUUAAGCUUCAAAGAUUGGUGCAUUUCUUGGUUGAAAGAUAGUAGUAAUAGAGACUUCAUAUCAUAUGUUCUCUGUUAUGUUUGGAAAUUUCGGUGCAGGGUUGUCUUUGAUUAUGUCAGUGCUAAUCCAAUUAAUUUGGUUGAGUUCAUCAGGAAGGAUUUACCUAACUACACAAAAAAGAAUCAGUUUACAUAUGUUUGUAGUAAUAAGGUCAAGACUUGUGAUAAAUCUCAUCCAAAUUGUUCUUUUAUGAGACAUGAUCGACAGCAGGAUACUUAUUAUGUCUACUUUGAUGCUUCCUUUCAAAGAGAUACUAAAAGUUAUGCUUAUGGUAUUGUUAAAACUGAUGAUUUAGGUUGUAUCAUUGAUUUCUCAGGAGGAACAGGAUGGUGCUCAAGCUCAGAAGAAGCAGAAUCCAGAACCUAUAAAGAAGCUAUCAAGUGGAUGCAAGGAUUCAGAGAUGAAAAAAUAAUCUUCCUCAAUGACAACAGAAGCGUUAUGAGUAGUAUGAAGAAGAAGAAUAAUUUUGCGGUUGAUUGGAGGUCCAAAACUGUUCUGCAACAAGCCUUUAAUUAUAACCAGUUUCUUACUAGUUCUUCUUUCGUUUUUAUUAAAAGGAAAUGUAACUUUGUUGCGGAUAAAUUAACUAAAAUCCUUAAUAGAUAUAAGGAUUUGUAUAUUAAUUCUAGGUAUUGGGAUAAGUCCAGAAAGGAUGCUUGGAUCCUUAGAUUGUGUAAUCCAAACACUGUAAUCCCUGUUUCUUAG